AUGGUUCGAAAUUUCGUGCAGCUCCAUGAUUUCAUCUCCAAGUCCACUGAGCUUCUGGCCAGAAAUGUGUCACACUUGGACAACGUCCUUGCAACUUUGGACCUCGGAGAGCAUUCUCUGGGGAUCCUGCCAAUUCUUGUGGUGAAAUUUAGUCAGAAUCCCAUACCAGAUAUUGAACCCUUGUAUGCCCAGUUUCAAGAAUUCAUCACAUCAUGCAAUGGAGAACAAGUUCGAUUUGCUCCAGAUGCAUAUGCUGAACUUUGUCAUCAAUUCACACGGGCACUUGUUGAGAGGAGAGAGCCAAUGAGAGGGAUUGAUCUCUUGUCUGCAGCCAUUCAGAAGAUUCGGCUAUCAUCUUCUCAGCUAACUUCAAUUCACAGUGACCUAUGUCUUCUGUGUCUCCUAGCAAAAUGCCCUAAGCCUGCUCUGCCUUUUCUCAACACAGAGAUAACAGAAAUCAGCAAAGAGGGGGGACAGUUUGAUGCCAAAUACCUCCUUCUGUACUACUAUUAUGGGGGCAUGAUAUAUGCUAGCUUGAAGCAGUAUGAGAAGGCCAUUUCUUUUCUGGAAGUGGCAAUCACCACACCUGCCAUGGCUGUCUCCCAUAUCAUGCUUGAAGCAUACAAGAAGCACCUUUUGCUUUCUCUCAUUGUCCAUGGAAAGACUCAGCGCCUCCCAAAAUAUGCCUCUCAGGUCGUGACCAGAUUCAUUGUUCCAUUAUGCCAGCCCUAUCAAGAACUAGCCAAUGCAUUCUGCAGUAAUAAUAGCAACAUUCAGGCUGUUGUGACUAAACAUCAAGAAGUGUUCACAAGAGAUAGGAACAUGGGCCUGGUGAAGCAAUGUUUGUCAUCUCUCUACAAGAAAAAAAUCCAGGGAUUGACAAAGACUUUCAUGACAUUGUCACUGAGCGAUAUGGCAUCCCGAGUGCAACUGGCUGGACCACAAGAAGCUGAGAAAUAUGUUCUUGGAAUGAUUGAAGAUGGAGAAAUCCAUGCUACUAUAAGCAAGAAGGAUGGCAUGGUAGUGUUCCAUGACAACCCAGAGAAGUACAACCACCCUACUAUGCUCAAGGCCCUGCAAGAGAAGGUGCUGUUUGACUGCAUGGAAGUGGAGAAGAAGUUGAAGAGCAUGGAAGAAGAAAUCAGCAUGAAUCCACAGUUCCUGCAACAGAUGACAGGAACAGCUGGAGAUGAAGAUGUUGCUUCCUCUUCAUCUCGCUUCCCUACAUUUGCAAUGAGUGACAAAGGAGUACCUGGUCAGAAGGCUCAAGGAAAAGGAUUCCACCAUUGGAAGGGUCAAGAAAAAAAUAUUCAUCAUCAGGAGGCUCAAGAAAAGAAACUUCGUCAUCAGGAGGCUCAAGAAAAGAAACUUCGUCAUCAGAAAUCUCCACAAAAGACUGUUUCUAGUUUUCUCCAUGACUCUGAGGACUCCUCUCAUUCUUUGAGUCUUCCAAGCUCUCCUGAAUACCUCACCAAAGCUACUAAGAUGCAUGUUAUGAAAAUGCAGAAGGCAAGGCUAACCAGCCAGAGCACUGGUGCCCUGCACAAUAAGCACAAACCAAGCAUCAAUAUCAGCACAAGUGAAGAAAGUGAUGAAGAGGUGUUCCAGAACCAGAAGAGACUUGAGCCAGAAGAUUCAAGUCCCUUGUUCAUGGAGUCUCAUGCCACUAUGUCAAAUCAUUCAAGACAGAGCUCUGCUAAGACACCAGUGUUAAGGACCGGACCUCCACCUCAGAGCAGGAAGAUGCUUUUCAGGAGUGCAGAUAAUGCCAAGAGGAAUUACCACUCCAAUUAUCGGGUCACGAUGGCAAAAGAUCAAAGAGUGACAAUACCUCAUACUCAAGAGAGUGAAAGUUCAAAUCAGCAGGACUCUUUUGGGAAGCAGAUGGUGGAAAAUGGAAGGUUCUCAUUUUUGCAAACUCAAGGCGAACUUUCUUGGAAUUCAUCACACAGUGCAGAACAGAGUCAGAACACUGUCCAAGACGUUCCUCCCACCUUUUCAUCCCCCUCAAAGAGGAAAUCUCCAGAAAAUUCCCAUUCUUCAAGUCAAAAAAAGAAAAUUUCUCCAUUUCGUCCACUCCCUACUGCCCCAAGUGUUGAAGCUUGUAGACAUUCCAAGAACUUUGGGGAUUCCAAUGGGCCUCAAUCCCCAAGGUCCACGUCUGACAAUUUGCAAGCAUCCACUUCAUCUGAAGGAGGAAAGUUGAGUCGUACCAAGUUCUAUGGGACGCAAGCCUGGAGCCCCACCUUUCUAAAUAAGAGUUCAGUCUCCAGAUGGGUUGGAAAAAGAACAGAGCGCCUUAGUGGCACACCCAGAAGUAGCAAACCUGUUAGUACUUUUCCUUAUGGACUGGCAAACAAGAGUCCAGUAUCAUAUGAAUCAGUAGGAAGAAAUUUUCCUGAUCGUGCUAAAGAGACCUCAAGUUCCACAGCCCCUACAACAUCAGAAGAAUCUCCAUAUGUUCCUGAUGUUGGCAAAUGUCUUGAUCCCAUGAGGAAGUCAUCCUUGCCCCAAAUUAAUUGUAUAUCAGGAUUCACAAAUUUUGGAAUGACAUGCUACAUGAAUGCAACAUUGCAGAGCAUCUUGUCCAUUCCUGCAUUUGAACAAGAUCUCAGGAAGCAUUAUUCUUCUGUGAUUGAUUCCACCUUCCUUAGUACCCUUUGUGAAGUUGCUGCCUGUCGAGAUCAUCCUGGGAACUCUGAAGCAACUGCCAGAUCCCUCCAGACCCUCUGCAGUGCUGUUUCAAAGCACAUUCCUGACUUCUCGGUGAACAGAAUGCAGGAUGCAAGUGAGUUUCUUAUCCUCUUGCUGGAUCAAGUGGCUGGUGAACAGAAAAAACUUGCAGGUGAACCUCAACCUCUUCAAGAAAUCUCAAACUCACCAAGGAAAAGAAGAUCGGAUGCCAGUGAUAUCCGGAAACACUUUGAGAUUAAAAUGAUUGAGAAACUCCAAUGCACACAAUGUGGACAGGUGACACACAAGACCCAAGAGAACUUGUUUAUGUUUGAAGCAAUAACUAGGAGUCUGAGCAAUCCACAAAAUGCUGAGGAUGACUUACAGGAAGCAAUCACCAGGAGCCUCAUGGAUGAGAAAUCAGAGGAAGAUGAAAUUCAGGAGGCGAUUCGUAGAUCCCUGUUGGAGACAGUGGAGCAUCAGUCCCCAAGAAAUCCAAUGGAGAAGAGAAAAGGAGAGGGACAGUGA